UUAUGAAAUAAGUAGUUGGCAGAACACAGUUGAGGAAGGAAGCAAAAAUGCAUUCAGAUUUGUCUUUACAAAUAAAGUGCUCCGUGUGCUUGAGCGAUUUCACCGACCCAGUUACACUUUCUUGCGAACACUCUUUCUGCAGGAAAUGCAUCACGGGCCACAUGCAAGCCAGUCUGGGACCGAGCGCCUGUCCAGAAUGCAAAUGUCCUUAUGGCGAAGAAAACCUGAGAUCCAGCCGUUUAUUGAGGGAGAUGACCUCCACUGUGAGAGAGCACCUUGCCGAGCUAAAACUGGAUGAGUCUGCACCCAGAGAAAGAAAAACAACUAUUAAGCUCUCAGAAAUGGAAGGGAUGUUGAUGUGUCCGGAACACGAAGAGAAAUUUAAACUGUUCUGUGAGACUGAUCAGAAGCUGGUGUGUGUCAUCUGCAGGGAUGGAGACAAACAUAAAGGACACGUCUUUACACCAGUGAAAGAAGCUGAACAGAUCAGCAAGGGUGAGCUAAAGACUGCACUGGGUUUUCUUGCCAAAGAAAAUGGACAGAUGGAUUACAUGAUCCAACAACAGACAACUGAGAUCACCAAAACUGAGGAGAAAUCCAAAACUUUAUCAGCCCAGAUCUCUGCUCAGUUUGAAGAAAUGCACCAGUUCUUAAAACAAAAAGAAGAUGAGGUGAAGAAACAGUUGGAGAAGAAGGAGAGGAAAGUUAUAGAAAUCAUGCAGAAUAACCAGUUUGUGAUAAACAGACGGUUCACGGAGAACAAAGAAAAGGAGAUUAUUCUGCAAUCAGCUCUUGAGAUUAACCAACCUGAUCACUUUCUGCAGUGGUGGAAUGAAAAAGGAUUUCCAAUGACAACAAACAUGAAGCAGAAAGCCAACAUCACACCAUCAAAUAUCAAGUACAUGUCAAGGGUGAAAGAUCUUACUGUUCUUCCUGACUCUCUCUUUCUUGGCCCUCAUGAAACUCACCUGCAGUUCUUUGUGUGGAAGGAGAUGCUGGGAUCCAUCAAACCAGUUCCUGAGAGUUUGACCCUGAAAAAUCCUAGACAGUCAUAUUUAAAAGUAUCUCCAGGGGGAGCCAGAAUCCGACAAGCUGACAGAAUAACAGGUCUGUAUAAAAACUUCAACCCUGGUACAGUUUCACAGGAAAACUACCAAACCGGCCAGCACUACUGGGAAAUAGAGGUCGGAGAAAAGCCAGACUGGACCGUGGGAGUUAAGAUGGGUGCAGCAGAGAGUGAGAUCCUGCUCCACCUUAAACACAGUAGAGGAUACGUUCUGUCCUGUGAUGGAAAGGACACUUCAAUGAAUACUCGACACAAACCACAGAAAAUAGGGUUGUAUCUGGACUGUGACAGAAAGCAGGUGUCGUUCUAUAACGCUGACAACAUGUCUUGCUUGGUCCAGAUCAGCUACAGCUCAAAGCAGCCUUGCUGUCUUACUCUGGCUCCAGGACUUUAUCUGGAUGGGAUGAACACUGAUCCUCUCACUGUCUGCUCGUAUGAGUUUAUCACUGGCAAAAACUAACAUGCUCAGUUACUAGCUGCACAUAUUUGAGGCGUGAUAAACAACUUUGAUUUGAGACAUAUGGGCAGUGUUGAAAGUAACAUUACAGUGUAAGACAUUAGUAAUCAAUUUUAAGUAAUAUUUUACUUGGUACAUGUUCAGUAAUAAUUGCAUUACAACACACUUUAGCCCAAGAAUUGAAAAACAAAGAUCAGAUUAUAACAAAGUUUUGAACUGCUUGACAGAUCAUGAUAGUAUGUUUUGAAAAUGUAAUUUGAUUUCAAGGACAAGAAAUAUUAAUAUAUUUUUAAAAUAAAUUAGCCUAUAUCUUUGUAUUAAUUUUCAGUUUUCGAUGGCCUAUUUUAGUUUAUCCAUUAACCACUCAUGGUUUUUAACUUUUUUGUUUUUAAAAGUGUGGUGUAUUAAAUAAAUAAAUAUAUAGUAUAGCCUAUUCUCAAAUACCUGACUGAAACACAUUUUCACUACCAUUUGCAGACCAUAAAAAGUUUCUGAAUUGUGAAUUUAUACUUAAUUUUUUAUAUUAAAUAAUGUUGAAGCAUGUUAUUGUUGGAGGAUACAAUCAUCUCAGUAUGUUGUAAUUUAGAGUUAAGAGGAAACAAUGGAUUGUAACACCUAACCAGCAGAGAGAGUCCUCGCCUGAGUCCUAGUGGAGCUCAGGCUCCUCGGCUUCUUCUCCACCUACUUCCUGUUAGAGGGCUUUAUAACCAGAGGCUCUCCACAUGAUCGAUGUGAAGUAGUGCCAGUUUGACUGACUUACAGAGCGUUUACCCUGAUUGCCUUGUUUGUUCUCGUGUGACCCUGCUUUCCCAUUUUCGUUGAUGUCCUCUGUCUUUUCCUUUAAUAAACUUCUGCAAAUGGAUUCUUCUGUCUUCUUACAAGGAUUUGUCUUUGCAUUGAAAUUUUCUUUGGGAAAAAAAAUCUGUAAAUAUAUCAUGUGAUGAAUAAACUGAACUAAAUAAUCAUACAUUUAUUAAGGAACCUGUCUCGCUUUGCUGAUCAAUGUAUUUAAUAUAAUAUCUAAAGAGCUCUGUAAAAUAUAAAGCGCUGUAAAAAUAACACUGAAAGCCGUAUGCAUAGCAUAUAUACCAAACAUCCAUAUAUUAAAAUAAAUCUUGCUUUUAUUUUUAUUUAUAUUAUUUUUAUAAGAGGGUAUUUCACUGUAAUUCUGUAAACAUCUCUAUUUCAUCUGGGUGGCGCCUACAUGU